AUUGCUAAAAAUAAUUUUACUUCACGUCGCGCUUCUUGUCGGACUGUUUGUUCUUGAAAAUAACAUAAACAGAACGGAAUGAAGUUAGAACAUUGCUUGAUAGAAUUUCCCUAACUUUGAAUGAAAUUCUUCCGGAUAUGCAAUGUAUUGUCAAUAAUUACAUGUUAUUUAUAACUCCCUCCUCCAGAGAUGCUAAUAUUUUAAAAUUGUCAAAUGCUUAGUUGGUAAAACUAGCUGUAACUACCACCUUGCUUUUUUUUAUACUGCGUGGUCAAAAAAAGCUAGUUUCUCUACCAUGGAGAGUGAAAUAAAAUAAAAUCUAUCUAAGCUUACAUAUAAGUACAGUAGAAGAGUUUAAAGCAUUGUUGUGGCUUCGUGCUGAAGCAACCAACAUGGCUUCCAAACAGCCAGACUGGUUCGUAGCAGCAACUGACGAAUAUCUUCUCAGACUGUUUAUUACAACCAAAAAACUCGGUUUAAAGUACGUCCUGCGGAUUUUUAAUCAACAUUUUCCUAAACAUCAAGACAAAGCAUUACAAGGUAGACAUCUUUAUCAGCAAAUGUCACAUUAUCAGGCAACUCUCAAUAGAGUAUUGCUUCCGUACCAAAGAAAUAUUUUAUUUGGAUCUGCGAGUCAAGAAACUUGGUUAGAUGAUUUGGACUUGUCUUUGCUAAUCAAAAUUUUACAGCAGACGUCAGAUCCACAACUAAGAGAACUGAAGAAGCUACAAGAGUUUAGAAACUGGUUGGCUCAUCAAGGCAGUAACAGUACUAUACCUGAAUCGUUAUUCCUUCAAAAAUUUUCAGUAUUAAAGGCCAACUUGAUUACUCUUGGCGCAACAAAUGAAGAAGUUGAGUAUUUUAAGACGGCAAAUUUAGAUUUUAACGAUUCAAAAAAAUUGGAAGCUAUAAAAGAUUUGAUGCAACAGUUAAAAGACGAAGAAAAAGCAACUGUUGCUGACCUCGUGUUACAACCAGUACUGGACAUUGUUGCUAAGGAGAUACACGAUGACUGGAAAGUUCUAGCUACAUCAUUAAAAGUACGCCCCAAUCUCAUAUUAGACUAUGAUAAAUCGCUCUCCACCACAGAAGAGAAAAUGAAACGUUGCUUUGAAGCUAAGUUUAACAAUAUCUCGUGGAAAGAACUGAAAAAUCAGCUGAUUAAAAUAAACAGAGAGGAUGUUGUGAAAAUGUUAUGUGCUUCUACUUAUCUUACGACAGAAUUACAAGAAGCGGCAAACCUACUCAAAGAUCACUACAACAGUCAAAAUAAUUUAAAAGAAAAUUUCCACUGUAAUUUAAUGCUUCGCCACACAACAAGAAGAAGAAAGGGUAUUUUAAAACAAAAUGCUUCGCCAGUAAUCGUUUCUGAAGAUAUGGAAACAAAGGACUUUAUCAACAAAAACGAUUCCGUCAUUCUUUUACGAGGGGCUGGUGGGUCAGGAAAAACAACUUUUAUAAAUAAGCUGUCACAAGAGUGGGCGCAAAAUAAUGUUUACACCGGGAAAGAUAAUGACGCCAACGUGAAGUUUUUAUUUUAUUUAUCCUGCCAAGAACUGAACGAGAUACAGGCAUCAGAUAAUCUAUAUACGUUAAUCGAAAGAAAGCAUCGGAAUUUAUUCAGCAAAAUAUCGUUUGAAAAUAUACAUGAAUUUUCCGGCGGAAUUCUUAUAUUCAUAGAUGGAUUAACUGAACUCACUAAGAGUGAGACCAGUAGAGAUAUGUACAGGAUUGUUCAUGAGCAUUUAAAAAGUGGAUUAAAUCGUGACAAAUUAUGCAUCGCAAGUCGGUUUGGUUUAACAAGUCAAUUAUUUGACGCAAUAUUGCAAGAAAAAAUAAAUGUGAAAAUCGUCGAUGUAAUCGGCUUUGAUAAAACUAAUAUUGACCGUUUUAUCAACUCAUAUUACAGUCACAAUGAGAACAAAUGUAAUGCAGUUAAACAUAUGAUCAAUGAAAACAGCGACCUGCGAUCAAUGUCUUCGGUACCCGCAUUUUUACGCAUCCUGUGCAACCUUGCAAAUACAUUAGAUAGCAUGGCAGGCUUAAAUACUUGCACCUCAUUAUGUUUAACCGCAAUUUUGAUAUUUAUUCAGGAUUACAACGAAAUACAAGAUUUAGCUAACCUUCCUAUGACUUCACUUUGUUCUAAUAAAAUGGUAAUCAAGGCAAUUUUGUGCCUCGCCAAUUUAUCAUUCCUUAUAAUGAAAGAAGGAAGAAAUUACUUUUCAGAAAAAGAAUUGGGAAAGAAUCAUGUUCAGGUCGUUGAUGGUGGACUGUUUUUGAAAUUUGAUACAAACGAUGGAUAUUACAGAUUCAAGGAUUUGCCUUUAAGCGAUUUUUUCUGCGCCCUGUAUAUCUUUCUGAUGGGUGCAGAUGGCUUAAACAUCCUGGGGAAGAUUGACUUAGGAUCAUCCAUUUGGAAUGUGUUACCAACAGUGGCCGGAUUAUAUGGAAUAUUUCGACAACAUCAAAAAACGAAGCCGUUUUUGCACACGUUGCUUAGCAAUUUAAUCAAGAGUUUCUGCAAGUUAAAACAAUUUUUAAAGGUGUUUAUACAUCCGAAAGAAUACACACAGAGACAGUUAUCUGUGAACGAGAAAGAUGCCUUCAAUUUCAUCAUAUCAAAAGCCAUGUAUUCAUUCGGUGAUACAAGCAAGAAUUUAGUCAUCAAUGAAUCAUGGAUACCUAUACUUCGUUUGGUGUAUGAGUAUCAAAGUGCUCUACCAGAAUCAUUAAAAAACUUUGUUGAAAACAAAACAUGCAUAAAUUUAUCUAUUAAAUUUCAUUACCAGAUACGAUUCGUUGCGCACUUAUUCAACUUAUUAGAUGUUGACCAUAUUCGUUGUUGUGACAUCAACAUGACUUCAAAUAGUCUCUCAGAUGGAGAGCUGGAAUUUAUCAGUUGCUUGUUAAUUAAAUGCGAAAAAAUAAGAAUUUGGAAUACAACAUUAAAUUGGCAGUUAUUCUUAAAAAUUGUGCUUAGUUCUAACGUUACGUUUUUCUCCUUAAAAACACUCGUUUUAAAUGGUUGUGAGCUGAACCAAGUUGAUAAAUCGUAUCUGUUGCAGUACAUUCCAUUGCUCUCCUCCUUCAUGGUUGCUAAUAUUAACUUCACUAAAGACGAAACCAAACUUUUGGCGGGAAAUAUACUUAUUGCAAUUAACCAAAGAAUUGCAAAACUCAGCGAUGUUUAUUUCUGGAGGUGCAAUCUCUCGAACGAAGCAUUCGAUGAAUUUACACGCGCUAUCCCAUACCUGAAGGACUUCGCGAUAGCCCUUAACAGUAUUUCAACAAAAUCGAUGCAAAAAUUGUCUGCUUCUUUAAAAAAUACGCCACGGAGUAGUCGAUUAUAUUUAAGCAUUAUUUCUUGUGGGUUGACAGACAUUCAUGUUAGACAACUUCAAGGCUGUUUACAUCAUAUCAAAGAGCUUGUUUUGUAUGGUAAUACUGAUAUGACUGCAGGUGCCUUUAAACAAAUUUCAGAUGAAUUAGUUGACCGAGCCGAAAAUUAUAACGAUCUUCGUUCAACUGGUUUGGGUUUUUCGCAUCUAACUGACGAGCAUGUCAAAGUUUUGUCACAUUGUUGUCCAUACCUGUCAGGAUUGUCACUAUAUAAAUGUCAUUUGCUGACUUUAGAUUCAUUUCAAACAAUACUAACCGCGUUUGAGACAUGCUCUUCCAGAAAACGCAGCAAGGUAGACGUGACAUUAGAUAAAAGUCUAUUAUCUAUGAAAGAUAUUUUAGCAAUAAAUUUAAAAUGUUAUUUAAAUUUAUAUUUUGAAGAAGAUCUUUUGGAAUCGAUUUUGUAAAUUUUAAAAGUUUUUUGUGGUUAUUUAUACGUUAAGAAACCUUUCUUUCCGUAAAUUUGUAAUUAUGGAACUAAAUAUUGUAUAUAGAUAUAUUUAAAUGAAGGACGAUAUAUUGAUAUAAUGAUAAAAAAGAACACGUUUUAUGUGGUAAGCUCUCUUCUCUGAAAAAUCCUAUUUUAUAAGGGCAGGAAAAUGGAUAUAAACAAACAUGGCGGAUCAGCCGCAUUCAUAAAACUGUAGUAUAGAAUUAAUACGCCUUUUUGGGCGCAGCCAUAUUUAAUUUUCCCGCAAGUGUUGUAAGUUGGACUUUGAACCUUCCGUUUUCGGUAACAACGCAUACAAGAAGUACCAAAAAGAAGAGCCUCUUUUGAGAGAUUUAUCGCCUAUCUUGGCACGUCUUUGAUCGGUAACCAAAUACUGAAAUGAGAGGAAAGGUGAGGACAGACAAAUAUAGAAUUCUGUAUUUAAAACACACUGACGAACGAAUUCAUUAGAUCGCAUGAAUUCAUAGAAAACUUUCUAAAAAGCGGACAAUAAAUGAACUAACAUUUUUACACACGAAAUCUUUCUAAUUAGCGGAUAUUUGCAGAAAAUCAUGCAACUGCUCUUGAAAUUGUUUUCUACAAAGAAAAAAUAACAAAAACUUAAUGUUUUUACUAGAAUGGGGGAUUGUAGGAAAUCGAGUUUCUUGACGAUUCUGCACGAAUGUUUAUCGCUUUCGCUACGCAUGCGCAGUUUGCAGCAUGCGCACAUGCGCAAUAACUCUCAUAUAUAAGCCAUGCUCGACAUGCUAUAUUCCUCGAUCUUUCAUUUUGCUGGAAAGUUAACUACAAUUGUAUAUCAUUAAAUGUUAGGAUGUUUAACACAGUUUAUUAUUUUUUAUUUUCACGCACUUCAUUUAAUCGCCAUGGGACUUACUUGGAAAGAUUGUACUUUACUUUCAUCAUGUGAGCAACUGAAGUCGUCUUAGCACGCAGUAACGAGCCUCGAAGCACGAACGCUAUUAUUAAUGGAAAUGACGCCAGAGUAAAAAAUCUGAAAGGUUUUUUUGCACUUUUUUGAACUGGGGUCUGCUAAUUACAGAGAGUACUGUAUACCUCCUUGAUAUAACUUUCUGAUACUGAGGAAGUUUUUAAGGAGGCUUCGAAAACUUCAGACAGUCAACUCUAGACAUGCGAAAUAAAUGCUUUGAACGUCACAAAUGUUGAUACUGUGUCAGGAUGGCGAAACCGCAGGCUUCCAUCUCUCACACCACUGUACUUUUGACGUAACCGAAAGAAUUACUUAAACUCGUUUUAUACAAAUUGGCGAAGUUAAAAGAUUGCGGCUAAACGUCUUUUGACAGAAACUUUUAAAAAGCAAAGAGAACAUGUAGGAUUUUAAUGUUAUUUGUCGCUUUGCCUCAAACGAAGAAGACUCUUCCUGGAGAUAAAUUUUUUAACCAAAAAAAUCUUUAAUUGACCGACGCUACACAAAAUACUUUACAGGUAUAAAUGUGUCACACCUUUCUUAUAACAAGACGGAUCGAUCAAUUUUGAUGGCUUAUAAACCGUUUACUUUAGCCGGGCGCUGCGGGAAAAUAGCGACUGAGGCUGUAACGUCAUGGACCGAACGCAGUGAGGUGCAUGACGUUACAGCAAGUAUUGCAGGUAUUGCUUCCAUAUUUUACAUACUUCAUUUUUAGAGACUGUUUCAUCGUA